GGGAGCUAAAAAAGCAAAAACCCUUUUCGUUUUUCAUGACGUAGACUCGUAGAGUUUGUCUUAAGAAAUAAUGUGUAUUGUUUGUAUACACAGCAAGCUCUGUGUGCUUUGUUAUCUUCUCCUCCUCAGAUAAAUUAUCACUUCGCUUUCACCAUUACCAAACAAAAACACGAACACAAAUCAUACGCGGAAGAGAGACGGGGGGUUAUGUUAUGGAUUCUCAUCGAUCUCCAAUUUCAGUUCCUCAAGUUUUCAGCUAUAUAUGUUCGUGGAAUUGCGCCGGGGUCCGGUCGGAUAAACCAGUUUUCCGGCAACUCCGUCAAGUUCCUGCCUUCUAGCUUCUGAAAAUUUCUGGUCAAACCUUGCAGGAGUUGAUAUCAAGGUUUCAAUCUCCUCGUCUGCUUUGAUUUUUUGAGUCUACAAACACAAUUGGGUUGCCUGGAGAAGUUGAAUAGGUAAUGGGGCAAUUAUCCUCCAUGUUCAGCGGGCUAGCGCGGUCACUAUCAUUCAAGAUAGGGAAGAACAAUGAUGAGAAGUCCGGUGCAAGAGGAGCUGCAGAAGCAAUGGCGAAGGAGGCGAAGAAGAAUGACAUGAUCCUACGCUCUUCGGGGAUUGUUGAUGUCGAUGGUUCAAAUAAUUUUGCUUCUGUUUUCUCGAAGAGAGGCGAGAAAGGAGUCAACCAGGAUUGCUGCAUUGUGUGGGAGGGAUUUGGGUGCCAAGAGGAUAUGAUGUUUUGUGGGAUUUUCGACGGGCAUGGUCCAUGGGGACAUUUUGUGGCAAAACAGAUAAGAGAAACAAUGCCACCCUCUCUGUUGUGCAGUUGGCAAGAGACCCUAGCUCAAACUUCUAUUGACCUGGAUUCGGAUAAAAAGUGUCACCGAUUUAAUAUAUGGAAGGAUUCCUAUAUCAAAACUUGUGCUGCCAUUGAUCACGAGCUUGGACAGCAUCGUAGAAUCGAUUCCUUUUACAGCGGAACAACUGCCCUGAGUAUUGUCAGACAGGGCGAGCUCAUUUUCAUAGCAAAUGUUGGCGAUUCUCGCGCUGUUUUGGCCACAACUUUAGAUGAUGGAAGCUUGGUGCCGGUUCAGCUUACUGUCGAUUUCAAGCCUAGUUUGCCUCAGGAGGCGGAGAGAAUAAUUCAAAGCAAUGGACGCGUUUUCUGUUUAGAUGAUGAGCCGGGAGUGCAAAGGGUGUGGCAGCCGGACGGAGAGACACCAGGACUAGCAAUGUCUAGAGCCUUUGGAGAUUACUGUGUGAAGGACUUUGGUCUCAUUUCUGUGCCUGAAGUGUCACAGAGAAAUAUAACAAGCAGAGAUCAGUUUGUUGUGUUGGCAACUGAUGGGGUUUGGGAUGUCGUUUCAAAUCAAGAAGCCGUGCAGAUUGUAAGCUCGACUGCAGAGCCCGGGAAGGCUGCAAAGCGUCUGGUGGAGUUCGCUGCGCAAGCAUGGAAGCGCAAGAGGAGGGGAAUCGCGAUGGACGACAUUUCUGCCAUUUGCCUCUUCUUUCACUCCACUUCCCCUCUGGCUGAAUCCCAGCAAGUUCACCCAUUUAGUAUUGCCACCCCAAAAUAGCAAAUGCAGAAAAUCUUUGUUCCUUCUCCUUGUUUAUCUUAUAUCUUUGUAAUUUUUAUUAGACUUUUAUUUAGGAAAUUGCGCAAGCAAGCUAAAGAUGUUGGUUCGAGUUUCAAUCCAACAGUUAGGUGUUUUCGUCA